CCUAAAACCAACUCCACAAGAAAAGAUGCCACCAUACAAAGCUGCAGAGCAUGUAUCACCACCAUGACCGACGCACCCUGCAAAUAGGAGGAUCUUUGCUGCUGACUUGCAAUGGAUUAAGCAAAAGCUGGCAAUCACUUGACAUAGGCAACUGUACAGCCGAAGUUUGUUGCACUCUCUGGCUCAUAUUUACUGACUCGUGGAUGCUUUCCUAAUAUCUCGAGUGUUCGCUGCUUCACAGCUCCAGUUCC